CAAUCAGCUGUUAAGUGUUUAGUUAAGAGGCCUCAGGACAACAUUGGAGAAUAAUUUCCAAAACAAAUCUCUUCAGUUUAAAUAAAAAAAACUUAAGUAACAGGUAAAAAAUGAGUUCCGGAUUUAUUUCCGAGGCGGAAGCAGUGGAAAUCCGAAAACGACGUCAGGAAGAGUGGGAACGAGUGCGAAAGCCGAGCGAUCCAGUAGAAAGACCUGUGGAGCAAUUUGAUGGUCGUUGUUUAUUUGAAAGACUCCAGGAGCAAAAGCAGAAAAAGGACCUUGAAUAUGAAGAGGCCCAUAAACUUAAGAAUAUGAUAAAAGGUCUCGAUGAUGAUGAGGUAGAAUUCUUGGACCUUGUAGACAGGACAAAACUAGCUGCAGACAGAAAAAAAGAAAUUGAAGAAGAAAGGGAGCUAAGAGAUUACAGAAACAGGGUGGCCAUCUUACAAGAAAAAACUGUAGAAGAACGGUUACAAGCAGAGAAAGUUGCCAAUAAUAAACCAAAACCUCGCUCUGGCAAAUUUAAUCAACAAAAACUAUUAGCAGGCAUUAUAGUAAAGAAACCAGAAAAUAAUAAAAGAAAAAUGGAGUCCUCUCCACCAGUAAAUAAUGGUAAAGAAGAUGGAGAUAAAUCCAAUGGUUUGGAACCAGUGGCCAAACAACCCAAAGCAACUGAACAGGGAGACAACUCAGCUAGCAGUAGCUCAGAAAGUAUAGAGUCUGCACAAAAUAAUUUCUCUUCUGCUUUAAAAUGUUAUGCACUAUUACCAGGCUGGGGUCAUUAUGGGAAUUCCUCUUCAGAUGACACCAGCUCAGACUCAGAUAACUCAGAUGUUGAGCCUUCAGCGGGCACUUAUGAUCUUUUAGGCAGGAAAAUUAAGGAUAAACUCACUACUAAAGCUGGUGAAAAGUGAUUUUUUAGUGCACAGACUUUUAUUGUUUAGAGGUAAAUUAAGUGCUUGUUGGUUUACAAUGGGAAAUUGAAAAUGUGUAAUUUGUACUGGGUUUUGGUUUAUUUUAUCCAUCCAUUCUUAUAUUACAAUAACUUCAGCAUAAUUAAAAAUUAUUUGUUUUAGUAUUGCACAAGUCAUGGAACUAUUUAUUGAUUCUUAAAUAAAACUUUUGUGUUACA